AUGUUUGGGGUCAGAAUAAAGGAACCGCGUAUCCUUCGAAGGAAAUACUUCCGGGUCAUCUCUAAGAACAGGGCUCGAAUAAACGACGCACUGCGCUAUUAUACACUCUUCAAAAGAAAACUGCACAGUGGACAGGUCGAUGGUGCAAAGCUGGUUUGCGGAGAUAAAAUUUGGUUGUAUGCCCGGACGUUUGGCGAUUUAGGGUAUACUGACGAAGGCAUUAAAGACGCGGAGAUCAAACCUGGAAAAGCAGGCAUGUACUAUUCCAAGAAAUUUGUGGUCCGAAAAGACGAUCAGACGGUCGAUAUAGCCAAAUCCCUCCUAGCGCAGGAUCUUGAAUUGAAUGGCAAGGGCCUCUGCACUCCGCCAACGGCGGCGGAGACGUGGGCGAAAUGGAAGUUCAUCAUGAUUUGCGAUGAUGUUUUGGCCCGUCCAACUCUAGCCAACCGGUUUAGGGAAUCAAAGACCCUCGCGGUGGGCACGUCGAUCGAUAAGAUGCAGACGGCGAGCGCGGAAAUGCUACAUGAGAUGAUGCAUUGCAUCGACGAAGAAAGAGAGUUCUGA